GGAAUCUCGCCGACCGCGUAUGUCGGUCCGACUCGCUAGUCAAAGCAGCAAAAGUAACCCUCAAGCGUUCCGACGCGACACAGGAAAAUCGUCGACCGUGAUUGCCGCCGAGACUUUUUUACAGUUCAUCGAGAGAUAACAAUAGAACGCCGGACUAGCGCAUUUGUGAAGGCGAUGCUUUAGCCCCGGCGUAGCUCCUCCAUGCGCGCGGCUAGGUUGCCGCGUGUCUCCGUCAGACGCUCGCCAUCUUCACUACCCAAUUCGCAUCCGGACCUCCAUUCCCGUCCGCCGCCUUCGCUGGGGACUUCCCCGGGCGGCACUUCGAGAUCGAGCGAGGCGGUCUCGCCCACGGUCAAUCUCAGCCGGGAGUACACGCUCGCUCUCCAGACCAGUUCCUAUAACGAGGUUCGCUCCACGAUUUACGUCCUCGAGUGCAGUCCGGGCGAGCAGGAGCUGCAUUUUCAAGGGCGGGAUGGUAGCGAGUCGACCCAGGAGCGGGUGCUGCAUCGCGUUCUGCAACCGAAUAGGGAAUCCGUGGGGGAGGCGCUCGGGCAGGCCAAGGACAAUGCGCUUACCCGAUUAGUCUCUUCAUACUUCGACCACAGCGAGAACACGUCCGUCCUCUGCCUUCUGCUUUACCAAAGCGUGCGCCGCGCCCGCUUCAUGUACUCUCCUCUUGUCGAGCUCCUCGAAGUGCUUCCUCUUGAUGCGGAUUCUUUUACCCAAUCACAGUGCAAUAGGGUUUAUGAAGUCUUUGUCCAAUUCGAUCGCCAUGACAACCCCUUCCCUUCCCCUGACUCCCAUAACUUCAGCGAAAUGCGUAGCUGCUUUUCGGAGCUAAAGCAACAGCUGGACCAUAGACUACAGAAGUCCAAAUCAAGAGUUAAAUUUGUUCGCCAUGCCAUCACAGGGUCUGCGAUUUGUCUCUGCGGCACUGUGGUUGCUGCUGUUGUAUCUGUCAUUGGUGUCACGGCCCAUGCACUCAUUGCAUUUGUUAGUGCUCCAUGCUUGAUGGCAUAUCUUCCACAGGACAAGUUCUCAAAGAAAGAGCUCGCCCAUGCUGCUCAACUUGAUGCUGCUGCCAAGGGUACUUAUGUUCUCAACAAUGACUUGGACACUAUUGAUCGUCUUGUCGACCGUUUGUAUGCCGCUGUAGAGGAUGACAAACUAUUGAUCCGGAUUGGAUUGGAGAGAGGCACGGAUAACAAUCCCAUACUAGAGGUCGUGAAACAUCUCCGCAAGAACAACGCCAAGUUCCUUGUUGAACUAAAGGAACUCGAGGAUCACAUAUACCUAUGCUUCAACAUGAUCAACAGGGCUAGAAAACUUCUCCUUGAAGAGAUUACCUUCCAUAGUUCUAUUGCUUCCUGACCAUUUACUUACAUGAUAUGAGCAAGGACUAAUUGGAUUGUACAUUUGUACUGAUUUAAUUGGGCGAAGUCUCUGCCUGCUGACAGCUGGUAGUCGUGAAUGAUACAAAAGUAAUAACGGGAUGUCAAAGUAUUGUUUAUGUAUUUACACCUCCAUAUGUGCCAAAUUUUUAUUACUUGGUGAUUGGAGGUGUUUCUUAGCUAUUACUGGAGCAAGGAAUACUCAGCUUUAUCUUGAGUUGUAUAUAUUGCUGAUAAUUUAGAUGUUGAUUACAGCUUGGUGGGACUGCUAUUGGCCACUGUUGUUGUAUUAUAAUCAUGUUUUAGUCG